AAGUCAAAACAGUUGUUUGCCACUAAUUGAUACUCCAUCGACUUGUCUCAAGUUUUGUGACUGUUUUCAUUUGUCAAUUGUCAUUGUGCGCCUGGCCUACCUUGAAAGUUUAAGGGCUCCAUUUCCUUAGUCGGAAUGCACUUGAUACUAGCAGCCGGAAUUUCAUCAGUUGUUCUUUAAUUUGCUGAAGUCUUUCUGCCUGUUUUCUUUUUUCUUUUUGGAAAAGGAAGGUAUCCCCAGCUUCCGCCUGUUAGUUUUGUAGCAUAACUAUAAUUUCCAGUAGAGUGAUAGUCCUUUAUAGUGCAUCUUUUUAUUAAUAAGAUGUCUCGAGGCCGAACACAUCAGCUUAGAAAAAAGAUGAAAAUAUAAAUUUGGAGGUCAUAUUAUUUAGAAUGGACUUACGACAACCAUCUUCUCUGUCACCUGCCACAAACCAAUUCUAGGGACCAAAUCCACCAGCAUCAACAUAAUGGGAUAAACAAAAAACGCGAUCCUCGAAGACAACAUCUUCAAGAACUGACCACCGUCUGUACGCCGCUGUUGUUGAGUCUAACUAAACAGGCCAAACAUGACAUUAUCAUCCUUGAAAACGAGCUCCAAGCAAAUAACUUCAACAAGGACACGACACGCAUACGUGACAUUGCCUGAUCAAGCCAAGAUGCGAGAACAAGAGUUUUCACCCGGAAAAUUGAAGUGUGCUUGUUGUUGAAUCCGCCAUGCCGCCAUCCACCAUCUCCCGGUCGGCGCCUGCACUCACCAUAGAUAAGUUUACCAUUUAAUCUUGCCAGCCUAACUUUGCCUUCAUUCACAAUUGACGAUUAGUUCAUAAGUUAAUUAAUUAAUCUUUUGUAUGAGAGGUGGAACCGGCGAGAUUAAAUGAAUAAAAUUUGUAUUUAAGGGAUUUUUGUUACUCGUUAGUUUGGAUUUUUUUUUGUAAAGCCCGUUGGAUUUGUAGUUUUAUGUUACUCCAGCGCUUGAAGGUAUUCCUUUGAGCAAUUUACUGUUUAAAAAAUGCAAAUUGUGGAUAAAGAGAAGGCAGAAGAAGAAAGCUGCAGGGAGGCUACUUCCAUAUAGGCCUGAUUUUGUAUCUGUUCUGCAAUUGCCAGCCAAAAAUCCAAUCUGAGACCUGUGUAACAUUUAUUUAUUUAUUUGCUCACUCCUUACAAUUUGAACUAUAGAAGACAUGUCAUGCCUGGUAGUACCAGAUCCACCUGUCAAACUUUACACCAUUUUUCGUCAAAUUCCUGCUAAUCACAGAUGCUCUAGAAGUGCACUGUCCUACGACUUGACACCCUAGGCAUGUGACCAUGGUGAUCUUGAACCAAGAUGACAAUGAGCUGAUGUUUGACAAAGUUUGCUUGUGUAUUGUUCAUGAUUCACAUGUGCAUGGGCGUACUUUGCACCGGUGAACCAGGUUCAUGCAAAGUGACAGUGUCAAACGGCCGAAUUAAGUUUCAGCGGCAAUGAUCAUCACCGUGCAGGGAGGUCAAGCACCAGAAUGAAACCCCCACUCGCGUAGAUAUGGACCAAAUGAGUGGACGCAGGAACCCGGACUUGAAGCUUCGGGGGAAUAAUGGGACUCCCAUCCGGCCAUCCCAUGUAAUUUUUGCCUACAUCAGAGAGCACACGAGGGGGGCAGGAGAAGGAAUUCACGUUACUACCGAUAGAGGCCUAAAAUUGAAGCCCCCUUAACAUCUCGAAAAAGAGAGCAUAUUUGGAGAGAUCGAGGGGAUGCACGUAGGAAGGAACAAGCUAGGGGAUGAAUCAUGCCAAGGAGAGAGCGGAAAAAGGCUCCCGGAUGUUAUCAUUCUGGCCAAGAAACCGCACGAGCAAAAAGAAGAGUACUCCAAAAAGAAUGGCAGCAGCAGCAGCAGCAGAAGAAGAAGCCUCAUGUUUCAAUGACUCUCAGGAGGAAGAGGUUAAGGCUGGUCAGGAGGAGGAGGGAGCGGAGGAGAGCUGCUGGAGCAGAGAUGGAGAUGCUGAACCUGAAGCUCCACCUUGAGAACCGACGCAUCCUGGCGGAGAACGAGAGGCUCCGGGAGAAGGCCAGCGCACUCCGUGGCGAGAACCUUGCUCUGCGUGCCGACCUGCGCAACACGGCGACGGCCGUGGUGCUGCUGCCACCGGCAGAGGCCGCCCAUGGCUGCUGAGCAUGGAGCGGCAGCAGCCUCUGGGCUUUCUUCUUGGUAGCUACGUGGUGUCCGUGCUAGUUUGUCUAGGUAUGUGAUAAGCUUGUUGGCAUGUUAGGGGUCUUGGGGAUGUCUUGUUAGCUGGUGAUCUGUGCUUACCAGCCACUAGGUCUUUUGGAGAUCUUUCGUGUGAUUUGUGGCAUGAUCAUGGUUGCACAUUGUGAGUUUCAAGUGCAGGAGUUAAUCGGAAUUCGGUUGGCUAGCUCUUUUGGAAGAAAAAGAUGGAGGAGAACAAAAGCAGCUUUGAUCAAAAGGGCAAAGGUGUCAAUUCAACUUUCUGUUGUUAAUUUUUUUGAAAUUAAAGGCAAAAGAUGGUAUUCCUUUAUCCC